AUGGUGCCGUUGCUCAGUGUGGAGGGUUUGGCGAGGGUCGUGCGUUCGAUUGCCACACGGGACAAGUUUUGUGUGACCCAAAACCGCCUACAAUAUGAUGUGCCGACCCCACCUAGCCAAGCUCAUCAUGUCGCUCUUCGGCUUUCGAUUUUCGCGCGCAUCUUAAAAACGAUUCGGAAAACGGCGGACGACGGCACCGCACGGAGAGGCGCUUAUCUCAAAGUCGCGUAUCGCCGAUCGGGCGCGUUAUCGCCUGAGAACGGCGAGAUUGCGACGCGGGCGCGUCCAGUGCGAUGCUGGGCGUCCGACCGUCCGCCGAGACCGGAGACUGAGACCGAAGACCGGAGACUACGUGCGGUCUCAGCGCAGACCGCGAGCAGGCGGUGCGCCGUCGACGCGACCCGCGCCCAUUGUGACCCGAUCGGCCGAUUG